AUGUUCACGGAGGCCGUCGUAAAGCAACACUUCGUCACCAAGCCAGUCGUCAGCCACCUGACCGCCCCAGUGACCGCUGUCAGCGAAAACGUCGCCCCACUCGUGAACUACCACGGAGCCGCCGGCGUUGGAGCCGGAGCCGGACUCGCUGCUGGAGCCGCUCUCGGAACCGCUGCAGCCGUCCAGAGCGGAGCUGCCGGUGGAUUCGGAGGAUUCGGUCUCGGAGGUGGUCUUGGAGGCUUCGGUCUCGGCGGAGGCCUCGGCGGCUUCGGCGGCUACGGCCUCGGUGGCUUCGGCGGCUACGGGCUCGGUGGCGGCUAUGGCCUCGGUGGCUUCGGUGGCUACGGCCUCGGCGGAUACGGUGGCUACGGUGCCGGUCUGAAGGGAGGUUACGGCCUCGGCGGAGGCUACGGCAAGGGAUGGUAA